CCCGCACACGUGAGGGAGGCGGUUCCGGUGUGUUCGUGGUUUCCUCGCAGUUUUCGCUUAUUUCUCUGAUAUUUCUGGUUUGGAGCUGAACUAAACAGCCGGGAUGGCGGAGAUCGUGCAGCAGCGGAUCGAGGACCGGAUCCCAGAGCUGGAGCAGCUGGAGCGGGUCGGCCUGUUCACCAAGAAGGAAGUCAAAUCGAUAGUGAAGAGAGUCACGGCUCUGGAGUACAAGCUCCACCGGCUGAUCGUGAACAAGGACGACUUCAUCGCCUACGUCCAGUAUGAGAUCAACGUUCUGGAGCUGAUCAAGAAGAGAAGAGCACACGUCCACUACCAGUUCAAGAGGGAGGAGGUGGAGUUCCCCAUCAUCCACAGGAUCAACAGCAUCUUCAGACGGGCCACCAAGAAGUGGAAGGACGACAUGAAGCUUUGGCUCUCGCAUGUUGCCUUCUGUAAGAAAUGGGCCACCAAAGGUGAGAUCAGCAAGGUGUUCUCGUCUCUGCUGGCCAUCCACCCGGACAAACCAGCUCUGUGGAUCAUGGCAGCCAAGUCUGAACUGGAGGACCGGAGCUCGUCGGAGAGCGCCCGACACCUGUUCCUGCGGGCGCUGCGGUUCCACCCGACCAGCCACAAGGUUUACCAGGAGUACUUCCGGAUGGAGCUGCUGCACUGUGAGAAGCUGAGGAAGCAGCAGGUGGAGCUGGAGAAGGCGGAGAUGGACCUGGGCGAGUACGAGUUUUCCCCGGAGAUCCUGAGCGGGAAGCUGGCCGAGGUCGUGUACCGAGACGCGGCAGGGAAGAUCCGAGAAGCAGAGUUUGUCAUCUCACUCCUGAACAUCGCAGAGAUAUUCGACUUCACCAAAGAGCUCCGGGAGCAGAUCCUGCAGGACCUGCAGACCAACUACACGACCGACAGCCUGACGUGGGACUUCAUGGCGAAGCGGGAGCUUGAGGCCCCGGGGGCGGGGGGGGAGCUGCAGACGGCCAGCGGUCGCGCCUCCGACAUCAACCGGCGGGAGGAGCGCUGCUGCCAGGUGUACGAGGAGGGAGUCAAGACCCUGGACUCAGAACCGAUGUGGAGCUGCUACGCGGCGUUCUGCAUGGAGAGGGUGAAGAGGAGGACCAACGUGCAGCAGCUGCAGGAGAAGAGGCAGGAGAGGAUGCUGGGAGUUCUGCAGCGCGCUCACAACGCCUCGAAGCUCAAGGAGGAUUUCUACAAGAGCUGGCUGCAGGUCCUGUUGUCGUCUGGGGACGCGGAGGCGGCGGCCCGCGUUGCCACGGCGAUGGUGGAGCGACACGGCGGCUCGGUGGCCGCGUGGAGCCUCAGUCUGCAGACACUCAUACAGCUGGAGAGCAGAGAGCUGGACCGGCUGUUCCAGGAGGCGCUGACGCAUGUUGAUCCCAAGGAGUCUCUCCCUCUGUGGAAGCUGCAGCUGCAGUGGAGCACCGACAACCAGAGUCCUGAGGAGACGGAGGCCGUCUACAAGCGAGGUCUGAUGUCUGCAGUCCCCACCGUCUCCAUGGAGAUGAAGGAGAGCUACCUCCACUGGUCCUUCUCCACCGGCGGCUACAAGAAGGCGAGGAAGACCUUUACCAGCCUGCAGGAAAACCGGCCCCUGUCCAAGGCUUUCUUCACCACCAUGAUCGGCAUCGAGAAGGAACAAGAAAACCCAAAGAUGAACAUCCUGAGGGAUUGCUACGAGCGGGCGCUGCAGGAGUUCGGCACCUCUGAUGACGAUCUGUGGCUGCAGUACAUCCAGGAGGAGCUCGGGCCGCUCGGCCAGCCGGAGAACUGCGGUAAGAUCCACUGGAGGGCCAUGAAGUUCCUGGAGGGGGACAGCGUGGAGCGCUUCACGUCCCGCUACACGCUGCUGCAGACGGGCCACUUGUGAGGGACGACGGGCCCGCCGGGGCUCCGGGCCCCCCGGGGCUCCGGGCGGUGCAGAGAGGGGCUAACGUUUCCCACGGCGGUGCAGAGAGGGGCUAA